CUCCCAGAGGCAUGUGAGCGCAGGCGUACAUGCGUACACCCUCGCUUUGGCAGUCUGUUGUGUUUUGUUGCACGCCCGCCUACGUGUGGCGAAAGCAUGGUGUUCUGCGCGCACCCGCAUCAUGUGGCGGCUACGUGCGCAUUUUUCACGCUUGCUGCAGUCAGCAAUGCGGAGUUGUCCACGAGGAAAUUCUAUCGAAUUUAGUCUGGUCUAUAAAGUUCUAGCAAUCACGCCGUUUCUCGCUUUCCAUAGCGUAGGCGCUGUAUAGCAUUGCCAGAUCUGUUUGGCAGGCAGAAUUCCGUCAAUUCUGUUCCUGCGCGUGAACCUUCAUCAGAUCUUACUCCCCGUCAGUGUGCUGGCUGCCUCAUUUCAACAUGUCAGAAACGUCGUCUCCAUGGGGAACACCGCUUCCAGCACUCGCUGAUCAGUUGAAGCUGCUCCUGGCCAGUGGUGACAUGAGCGAUGUGCAGUUUACUGUGGGACGUCAGUACGGCGCAGUGAAGACCUUCUCCGCGCACAAGUUUGUUUUGAGUCUGGGCAGCGAUGUUCUGCACACCAUGUUCCAUGGAAGUGAGCCGGAGAGGGGCGACAUUCCGAUCGAUAUCCCGGAGAUCCUGCCUGACGCGUUCACCAACUUGCUCCAGUAUCUGUAUACUCGCUCCGUGGAUGAGAACCUGACAUCCGACAAUGUCUUCGAGACGAUGCACUGUGCUGACAAAUACAAUCUGCCGCAGUUGAUGGAACUCUGCUUUAAGUUCGUCAAUAGCCAACUCAACGCAGGCAACUGUCUCCUGUUCUUAGAAAAGGCCAUGUCUUCAGCCCAGGAAUGCAGCGCAGGUUUCGUGGAGAAAUGCUUGACCGUGGUGAACGCGCACUGCCAGGACGUACUGCGCUCCGACCAGUUCACACUGAUCGGACGGGAUACCCUGGAAAUGAUCCGACAGCGUAGUUCAUUGUCCGCUUCGGAAUGGGAGAUCUAUACGGCCGUCGAAAAGUGGGCUGCGGCAAACUGUCUGCGGGGAAAACUUGACCCUUCCCCGGCCAACCGCCGGGCGGUACUGGGAAACGCGCUCUUUCUCGUCCGUUUUCCUUUGCUGACCGAUGCGGAACUGGCCGACGGUCCUUUGAAAAGUCGCUUGUUGCUUGAUUCCGAGCUGCUGGACAUUUUCCAGUUCAGGCACGCCGCCGACAACAAACCGCAGCUUCCCUUUCCGACGGAGCCCCGACGGGGUUCACUGCUGCGCAUCCCCAACGGCUAUACUGAAUUCCUGUUCAACGAGGAAGUGUUCGUCGACGUGCUUUUGUUCUGUGAUUACUGGUGGCCGUUCAAGAUUGCCGGUGUACGAGGAGGAGAUUUUCUCGUGACCCGGGAUGAUGGGGAACCGGUGGUACAGCGCGCACCGUGCAAGAUUGUCCGGGCCUCGGAAAUCCUGAAGAAAAACCAGAAGAUUAAGGCUUUCUCCGGGUCGGGUUAUCGUGAAUGCAUCUAUGGUGGGCGCCGCACGGACAAUCUGCACUGCCUCUUCUUUGAAAACACGUCCCGCUCGGAGCUGGUAUGUCCGUUUGAGAAUCUUCUGAUCAGUCGCGUCCAGGUGGCGGCCUGGAAAUCAUCGGCCGCGCAAUCGAAUGGGUGAACCCAGACAGUUGAUGGCUCGGCGGUAAUAAUGGGAUUCGCGUACGGUCCGACGCCAUUUACCGGGUGGCUGAAGAAAAUGGCCGUCUCCGUUUUAAGCUUGUUUCUCGCAAACGAUUCGUCGCAACGUAUCGUGUUUUCACUCAUUGGACAGAGAAUUUUACUGACUAUUAAAAACAACUAAGUCUAUUAAAAAAACUUAAGACAUGCUCCCUAGCGAUGGGACGAAAGGAAAGUGUGUAAAAACUUAUCGUGUCCCAGCUCGCAACAUCCAGAAUCUUGCGCCAUUUCUUUCCCGCAAGAGCUACAGGGUGGUCACGCCAAGUUGUCACCAUCAUUGAAAUUCAUUUUUAAAAAUUAGAAAAAGUUUACUUGCUCCAGUUCAUUUGUUUGUUUCUAGUACAAAAUUUAAUUCUGCGUUUACUGAAAUCGGUAUCUGACCGUUGGCUUUGAAACCGACGUCAGAAACAAGGUCCGAAGUGAGAUCCCUGGUGGUGCAUUUGUGAUCAUUAUACUCACCUAAUCAGAAAAACAGGAAAACAUUUUCUACUCUCGAAAUUAGUUUAAACAAGCUGAGAAUACAUUAGGUAAGCGUUGGAAAGGUGAACCAACGCAGUGGAACCAUUAUUUCAUUUAUGGAAAAUUUUUAUUGGAGAUUGUCAGGCUUUUCUAAUGCUAUACGGUACGUACGGCGAAAAUUUUUUCGUAAAUACCUGGAACCUUCAGAUGUCCGAAUGAGCGUUAAAAGAUAUGCGGAGAGGAUCAUUCUAAACGAUCCUAAAGCAAACAAGGAUAUAGAUCACGUUCCUGAUUUACUGUGAACCACCGACGAAUGGAAGAAAAAAUCAAGAAAGCGUUCGUCAAAAAAGAUUAUGUGCCCGAUGGGGAUUCGCUGGAACCGCGUUCACCUCGUCCAUAGCCGCGUUCACCUGGUCCAUAGCAAACGCGAAACUGAUGCUACAUAUGUC